AUGAGACGGGCUUCUCGACGUCGAGUAUCCUAUGUUAUUACUCAUAAUAAGGAUGACCAUGGUCACCUUUUAGGUAUUAAUUCUUUGGCUUUAGACACAACUACAGUUAAUCCGGAGACUGGUAAACCAGAAGGAAUUCUUUACUCUGCUGGGCGUGACGGUGUAAUAGCAUCUUGGGACUUGCACCUACCAUUUCGAGACAAGAAAACUGCAAAUAUCAAUGGAUCAAUUCAUAAAAGUACCGAAAGCAUUAAUGAAGUUAAUGAUGUGGGUGUAAAAAAUUGGGAAAUCGACGAUGAAGUUGACCUUUAUUCGCAAACCAAAUUUGAUUUGGCCGGUAAAAUUACCAACACUGUUUAUAGUCUUAGUCGUACUCAUGCCCCUGGUCCGGGUUGGGUUGCUAGUGGUGGGUUUGAUCGAAAAAUAAUUAUAUGGGAUAUACUAUCUGUAUAUGCACUGGCUUGUAACCCAACAGGAACUGUUCUUGCUUCAGGAUCUCCAGAGAAGGUUGUUCGCUUAUGGGAUCCACGAACAACAAAACAAAUCACUAGUUUUACAGGUCAUACUGAUAAUAUUAGAGCUAUAUUAGUUAGUGAUGAUGGUGAAUUGGUGAACUCCGUAUGGUCUCUUUAUUCAGAUCAUCCUAGGUUGGAAUUAUUUUAUUCAGGUGGUAAAGAUGGAUUGGUCACAAAAAUUGAUUAUAGCGGUUGCGCAGAAAUUCGUGAUGGUGAAUGCGUAGCUGUAUGUAAAGAGGAAACUGGUGUAGUCAAGCUAGACGUGCCUCCCCGACAUAUUCGUAAAGCAAUUUCUCGAUCAUCUUCACCUUCUAUAUCACCAACAUCCCCACAAUUAUCUCCAAUGCCACCACUUACAAUACCGCCAUCUUCAAUAAUAAACCUUACGUCUACUGGUGUAUCAUAUGGUAUGGCUUUGGAUGCUGAAGUCGCAACAUUAUAUUCAGUCACUACCGAUGAUCAGAGAUUGGAUAGUUUAGACAUAGAAGAUCCAAUUCCUGUGAGAGGUUCACCGGACUCUAUUAUUAAAGAAGUUUUUAAGGAGCUUAAUACUAUCGAAUAUAUACCAACUUGGUGUGAAGUAGAUACACGCAUAGGGGCAUUGACGGUUCAUCUUGAUGAAAGGAAUUGUUUCGACGCAGAAGCGUACGCAGACGAACUUAAUUUGCCAGAAGGUGCAGAUAUUCGCGAAGAUCAAAGAAAGUUUCAGGCUCAAAAUCUCUUGAUGCAACAGCAAAGACAUCAAUCUAAUGAUUACAGGCGAGAAUUACAGGAUGAUCGCUCACCUCCACCGCAAAAUAUUUCAUUUCCACCAGCUACGAUUCAGGUGCCCACCACACCACCUACUGUGGCAACAACACACAGUGUUAAUUCUCCAUCACAGAGUACAUCUGUGUUACCUCAAUCACCGACUACACCAUUGGCCGCUUUCACAGGUCCACUUACCGCACCUGCAACUACGGGAUCUCAGCAAUCUGAUUAUUUUUCUGGUUCACAUCAUAAUUCUCCAACCAGUCCCACUGGUGCUUCUGGUAAUGUAACACCACCGGGCUCGACAGGCCCUGAAACAUUAAGUGGACCAUUAACAACCUCUGAGAUAAUAAAACCACCUCCUCCAGCUUUACUUAAUCAAACAUCAAGUAAAGCAAAACCUGAAUCAAGUGGAACGAGUAUGUCAACAGAAAAGAAUGCUGAUGCAAAAACAGACUCGACGUCGGCUACUUCAACACCAUCUCAGGAAGAAUUCAAUGCACAAAGUAAAAAGGAUGAGGAAUCAAAGGCCAAUGCUUCUGCAAGAUCUAAAGUACAAUUGCAGCAUACCGGCGAUUCUAAUCGUUAUCACCCUAUACAGCACGAUCCAAUCCAUUCCAUACGUAGCAUGCGUUCUUUUAUUCAACCCCCUUUUGUGCAGUUACCGAUAAGUGAAACACCUGAAGUUCCAAUACCACCUCAUACAACUGUUAUAAUCUCAGAAGUUUCCCCUGAAGCGUCAACAUUUGUUGACUCGUACCGUGGGACAAUUGAAUCUAUGGAUAAGGAUGUUGAACUAAUUGAACUCAAAGCGCAUCCUUGGCUAAUGGAAUUUUUACUUAAAAAUAAAAUUGCACUAAAAGAGUCAGUCAAAAUAGGGUUUACAUUAAAACCUCAUGAGGGCUCUGAACUAGAAGACUUACCAAAUGGGUAA